AUGUCCCGAAAGCCGUACCCCACCCCAUUAGUCGUCCCGCCACUGAGUGAAGAGCAUACACAUACCAUCAUUUCGCUUCAUGGAAGAGGCAGUAAUGCUGAGCGCUUCGGCAAUGAGCUCCUUGCGUCGACAGACCUACAAGGUCGACUUCCUACAGUGAAAUUUGUCUUUCCCACUGCGCGCAAGCGGCGGUCGACUAUACUUAAGAAGAUCCCAAUUCAUCAGUGGUACGACAACUACUCCCUCGAAGAUCCUGGACAAAGGACAGACCUUCAGGUGGAGGGGCUCUGCCAGACUGCUGAAUUUAUUCGCGGCUUAGUCACCGAAGAGGUACGGAUUUUAGGAGAGGAGAAUCAUUCAAAAAUCAUCCUAUGGGGGCUGAGCCAAGGCUGUGCCGCGGGUAUCUUCACGCUUUUAGGUGGCUGGGCGGACGCCAGUGAAGCAUAUCCACUCGGGGCAUUUAUUGGGAUGAGUGGAUGGCUGCCAUUUGAACAGCAACUACGCGAGAUUCUCCGAUCCGACGAAGGCCUAGUCUCAGCUAGAGAAAAUCAGCAUGAAAUGCAAUCGGGAGACGACUCGUGCGAGGAAAGUGAAAGUGACCAAGAGUCGGAAGCAGAUGCAUAUUCCCAACAAGGCUCCGACGACAAUCUAUUAGAGGAAAGCGACCCACCACGCGAUGACUUCAACCCCUUUAAGGAGAUCGAGGAAGACAGCACACCGCGUGAUGAUUUCAAUCCAUUCGAGGAGGACGAGGAAGAAGCUCCGUUAGUCGUUCAGGCUAUCAAUCACAUUCGUGAUAUCCUUACUCUGCCUAUGAUUCCAAGCAACACGCAGCUAUCGGAAGAUAGCUAUCCACCGAGUCUAUCUCACCUCCACACUCCGGUCUUUCUUGGCCAUGGCUUAGAAGAUCCGAAAGUCUCUGCGGGUCUUGGUAAAAAGAUGUAUCGUAUGCUGUCAGAUGGUCUAGGCAUGGAUGUGGCAUGGAAGGAAUAUCAUGGAUUAGGGCAUUGGUACCGUGUUGAAGACGAGAUUGAAGAUAUUUUGAGCUUCCUUCAGGAUCGUGUCGACCUACCAGUAAUAUCAGGGUCGUCCCUAGAGAAAGGGAAGGGGCAGGAGAAGCAACUAUGA